AUGGAGACAACCAACCCGUCGGAGGCAAAGUCAACCAAAAACAAUGGAACGUCGUCAGUGGUCAACAUAGAAGAAGGCGGUGGCGAUCACGUGGCCGAUCAAGGACCACGAUCGUACCAUUGCGGAUGGUUCAGACUACAUCCAAAUUGGAUGGCGCGUUUUAUGACUCCGAAAUGGGCCCUGUUUUGGCUGUGCUGGGCUGGAGCCGUCCAAGGAUUGGUCGUCAAUGGUUUCAUAAAUGUUGUCAUCACGACCAUCGAGCGGCGAUUCGGACUAAGAUCGACACAAACCGGACUAGUCGCGAGCGGAUACGAUAUUGCGUCGUUCCUGUGCCUGGUUCCGGUUUCGUACUUCGGCGGCCGGAUCGGGGCCUCAAAGCCCCGCUGGAUCGGUUGGGGCGUUGCUGUGAUGGGUUUGGGCGCGUUCGUCUUCGCGCUGCCUCACUUUCUCGUAGGACAGUACCGGGCUACGAAUUCCGAUCGUAACGUGUGCACGCUGGCCGCCCUUGCUAACGGAACUGGCGCGUCGGUGGCGGCCCUCAUUGAGGGUUGUGACAGCACAGAUUUGCCGGUGGCAAAUGGCGGACAAGCUUCAUUGGCGGAAGUCGAAAAUUUGUCUUGGAAUGUAUGGUUUUUCUUCACUGCCCAGCUAUUGCUUGGUGCUGGAGCCUCGCCGCUGUACACACUCGGUGUAACCUACAUUGACGAGAAUGUUUCCAAAAAGAUGUCUUCAGUUUACUUGGGUAUUUACUAUACGAUGGCAGUUGUGGGACCGGCGGCUGGUUACGUUAUUGGUGGGCAGUUGCUACUCUUCUACACAGACAUGUUCGUCGUCGAUGCCAGCACCCUUGGACUGACACCCCACAGCAAGGUGUGGGUCGGUGCCUGGUGGAUAGGAUUCGUUUUUAUGGCCGCCUUCUGUCUGCUGCUAGCCAUCCCCAUCCUCGCGUAUCCGUCCGCGCUGCCAGGUUCCGAGAAGCUGGAGAAAGUGUCCGAGGCGCACAAGGGCGACACUGAAGGCGAACGGCAGGAAGCGUUCACCAAGAUCAAACAGAUUCCUCGGGCACUGCUGGCCUUGCUGCGCAAUCCCACCUUUUUCUUCCUCAACCUGGCCGGCGCUUCCGAGGGAUUGGUCAUUUCCGGGUUUGCCGUGUUCCUGCCAAAGCUGAUCGAGAACCAGUUCAGUGUGACGGCUGUCUGGUCAGCGCUGUUGAUGGGUAUCAUAACAGUUCCUGCGGGUGGCGGAGGGACGUUUCUGGGUGGUUAUCUGGUGAAGAAGUUGCACCUGUCCUGUUCGGGGAUCAUCAAGUUCUGUUUGUUUGCCACAAUAUUUGCGGCCCUUUUCACCGUCUGCUUCUUUCUUUCCUGUCCGAAUCUGACGUUCGCCGGAGUGACAGCAUCUUACUCUCUGCACGAUAAUUUAGAAAAUCCUCACGCACAAAGCACCGAGUACUAUGUGCCGAAGAGGCCAGAAAGUCUGGACAGCGCGUGCAACGAUCGGUGUGCUUGCAGUCUCCGAAACUACGAACCCAUAUGUGGCGCGGAUGGUGUAAUGUACUUUUCACCCUGCCAUGCCGGUUGCAGUGAGGAGAUUAAUCUGGAAAACGCAAAAGUGUAUCGGGACUGCACCUGCAUCAAUGCGACCUUCUACGGCGAGAAUGCAUACAGUAGCUACGAUGCGGUCAACACCAUGUGCCAGUCGCAGUGCAACCAUCUGUGGAUCUUUGUCGUGCUCUGUUUUCUGGUGAUGUUCUUCACCUUCCUCGCAACGAUGCCAGCCCUAUCAGCGACGCUUCGGUGUGUCCACGACGAUCAGCGGUCGUUUGCCCUUGGCAUACAGUGGAUCAAGGUCCGGGUGCUGGGCACCAUUCCUGCCCCGAUGAUCUUCGGGCGCCUGAUUGACGAAACUUGCAUCUUGUGGCAGGAGUCGAGCUGCGAAGAUCAGGGCGCAUGUUUGGUGUAUGAUAAUGCCUUCAUGAGCAAAUAUAUGCUGCUCUUGGCACUCAUUGGGAAGGCCUGCUCAAUUUUGUUUUUCUUCGGAGCCUGGUUCUACUACAUCCCACCGAAAUCGCUGACCAAUGGAGACACCCAUAAGCAGGGCGCCGCCGAAGCUACACUAACAGGAAACGGUCACGUCAACCCGGUCACAAUCACCGCGGUAGACAAAUAUUGAAUGUAUUUCGAUUUAGCUAAAGUUUUGUGUGUGAAGUUCCAUGGUUAGUGUAACAAAAGUUAUCUCAAGCGUAGCAGAUUCUGUUUUAGCUAUGUUUCAUUCAUUC